GCCUGUGCGCUUUGACAACUUCUAAAAACGUAAUCGAAGGGAGUCUGACACGCGUAGAGCGGUCACAGUCAUGGCGGCUCGCAGGAUGUUUGCCCCAGGGCUGUUAGCAGCAAGAUUUUUUAAUCAAGUGAGACCGAGAUUGCCGUCCAGGAAGGGAUUUAUUCUUAAUCAUUCAUUACCAACACCUCAACAAACCUUUAGAUGUUCAGGGGGUACAUCUAAUUAUUCACAACCAAAAGGAGAUGGCUUGCUUUAUGCCCUGGUUGUUGGACUUACAACACUAGGUGGAGGAGUCUAUGUUUAUAUAACCCUCCGUAAGGACAGAGACAGAUUUAAGGAAAGAAUUGUGUCUUUCUCCACCAGCUUUGAAGGGAAACAUGAAGAUUUGAAAACGACAGGAUCGAAAGAGGAUGCUACACAAACUGGAGAAAAAGCGGAAUCGCAAGGUGAAAUAGAAACAAGUCAAGAGAAGGCACCUACAACCAGUGCAGUGUUAACUCAUGUUCCUUACAUUCUGAUUGGUGGAGGCACAGCCUCUUUUGCCGCUGCUCGAUCCAUACGUGCAAAAGAUCCAGGAUCUAGAGUCCUGAUAAUAUCAGAUGAACUUGAUCUUCCCUACAUGCGCCCACCUCUUUCUAAGGAACUGUGGUUUUCUGAUGAUCCUGAUGUGUCUGAAACAUUGCGCUUCAAACAGUGGAAUGGCAAGGAGAGGAGUAUUUUCUUCCAGCCAUCCUCCUUCUAUGUGUCUCCUGAAGAACUUAUGUCUUCUGAACAUGGAGGGGUUUCAGUUCUCACUGGAAAGAAGGUUGUACACAUGGAUGUACGAGAGAACAAGGUUAAACUGGACGAUGGUACUCUCAUCUCAUAUGAAAAGUGUUUAAUUGCCACAGGAGGAACUCCUAGAAACCUCCCAUCCAUAGAACGUGCUGGAGAGAAUGUAAUGCAGAGAACCACGUUAUUUAGAAGGGUAUCAGAUUUCCGUUCCCUCAGUAACCUUUCCUCCUCAAUUGACUCCAUCACCAUUAUUGGGGGCGGGUUUUUAGGAAGUGAGUUGGCUUGCGCUUUGGCAAGGAAAGGGAGGCAAACUGGUCUUGAAGUUAUCCAGAUGUUCCCUGAAAGUGGUAACAUGGGAAAAGUUCUUCCAGAAUAUCUUAGCCACUGGACCACCGAAAAGGUGCGAGGAGAGGGUGUAAAUGUCAUGUCCGAUGCUGUUGUUAAAUCUGUCAGUUAUCAGAAUGGAAAACUUAACAUUUCUCUAAAGGAUGGAAGACAGGUGCAGACAGAUCACAUAGUAGCUGCAGUUGGUUUAGAACCCAACACGGAACUGGCAAAAUCUGCCGGCUUAGAACUCGAUGGUGACUUCGGGGGAUACAGGGUUAAUGCGGAACUCCAGGCUCGCAACAAUGUGUGGGUGGCAGGAGAUGCAGCUUGUUUCUAUGAUAUUAAACUUGGCCGCAGGCGAGUUGAGCACCAUGAUCAUGCGGUUGUAAGUGGAAGACUUGCUGGGGAGAAUAUGACCGGAGCUGCUAAACCUUAUUGGCAUCAAUCUAUGUUCUGGAGUGAUCUUGGUCCUGAUGUUGGCUAUGAAGCCAUUGGUAUUGUUGACAGUUCACUGCCAACUGUUGGUGUGUUUACCCGGGCCACAGAGAAGGAUACACCAAAAAGUGCCGCUGAGUUAAGUGGCACAGGCAUCCGUUCUGAGAGUGAUACCGGGGAAAUAAUUCAGACAGAAAAUACUCCCUCUCCUGUCUUACCUCAAUCAUCUCCUCCUUCCACACAGCAGAAGGAAACCUAUGGAAAAGGAGUGGUGUUUUACCUGCGUGACAACAUAGUAGUGGGGAUUUUGCUGUGGAAUAUCUUUAAUCGAAUGCCUAUUGCACGCAAAAUAAUUAAGGAUGGUGAGGAGCAUUCUGACCUCAAUGAGGUGGCCAAGCUUUUCAAUAUCCACGAAGAGUAAAUCACGAAGGAAGAAAAAUGUUUGUUUUUUUUCUCCAGUCACUCAAGAAGAGUUUAGCAAUGACCACUAUUGAUGUUCAGCACUUAAAUUCAGAGCUCCUAAGAAACUGGAUAAAAAUGCAUACAUUCAUAGAAUCUGUCAUAUCCCAAAUUUACAUAAUCGGUAAAAGAUUAUUAAAAUUGAUAACUGAUGCUUUUGUAAUAUUUGAUAAUUCUGUGCUUAACUCAAAAACAAAAAGAACUAAGCAUGUUUUACAUCUAUUGUUCAUUUGCACAUCCUUGCUAUCGCCCUGGACUUGUUGGGAAGGUGUUUGUAUAUGUGUUCUUCAGAAAUAAACCUGAUCAUGGGGGGAAAAAAUAAUUUUGAAAAUAUUGUCCUUCUGAGUUGAAUUUGGGAAUAUAUGCUUAUUUGCACAAAUAAAGAUCCACAAACUAGG